AUGCGCCCGGCCCUGGCACACGGACUCUGCUCGCUGCUGCUCAGCCUCUGGGUACCCAGCUCCUGCUCCAAUGAGAUCCUGGGCCUGAAGCUGCCCUCAGAGCCGGUGCUGAACGCCAACACGGUGUGCCUGACACUGCCCGGGCUGACACGGCGGCAGCUGGAGGUCUGUGUGCGGCACCCAGAUGUCACUGCCUCGGCCAUCCAGGGCAUCCAGAUCGCCAUCCAUGAGUGCCAGCACCAGUUCCGGGACCAGCGCUGGAACUGCUCCAGCCUCGAGACCAAGAACAAGAUCCCCUACGAGAGCAUCAUCUUCAGCAGAGGCUUUCGGGAGAGCGCCUUUGCCUACGCCAUCGCCGCGGCCGGUGUGGUGCACGCCGUCUCCAACGCCUGUGCCCUGGGCAAGCUGCAGGCCUGCGGCUGCGACCAGAAGCGCCGCGGCGACGAGGAGGCCUUUCGGCGCAAGCUGCACCGUCUGCAGCUGGAGGCCAUGAACCGCGGCAAGGGCAUGGUGCACGGCGUGCACAUGGAGCACAUGCCGGCCGAGACCCCCGGCCUCCAGGACUCCUGGGAGUGGGGAGGCUGCAGCCCCGACGUGGACUAUGGGGAGAAGUUUUCCAAGGAUUUCCUGGAUUCCCGGGAAACAUACAGGGACAUCCACUCCCGCAUGAGGCUGCACAACAACCGCGUGGGCCGGCAGGUGGUGAUGGACAACAUGAGGAGGAAGUGCAAAUGCCACGGCACCUCAGGGAGCUGCCAGCUGAAGACGUGCUGGCAGGUGACCCCCGAGUUUCGCCUGGUGGGGUCCCUGCUCAAGGACCGCUUCUACGGGGCUACCCUCAUCCGGCCCCACAACCGCAACGCCGGGCAGCUGGAGCCGGGCCACGCUCGCCAUCGCCGCCGGGCCGGCAUCGGUGAGCUUGUUUACUUUGAGAAAUCACCUGAUUUCUGUGAGAGGGAACCGGCCCUGGACUCCUUGGGCACCCAAGGGCGCCUGUGCAACAAAACCAGCCCGGGCAUGGACAACUGCGAGAGCCUGUGCUGCGGCCGCGGGCACAACAUCCUGCGGCAGACGCGCAGCGAGCGCUGCAACUGCAAGUUCCACUGGUGCUGCUUCGUGGCCUGCGAGGAGUGUCGCAUCACCGAGUGGGUCAGCGUCUGCAAGUAG